UAAUACAAACUGUCAGCCGCUCGCCGACGAGUUUGAGCGAGCGAAAAAAAUCUUCAGCAGUUAGCAGGCUUCAUCUGUAAUCAUCCCCAUUCAUCCCAGAUUCGCUUUCUUUUGUCGUGUGUUUUUAACAUGGGUAAACCAGAGAGUUUGCAGAAAGGAUUUUCCAUUUCAAAGAGCGCAAAAAAGAACAGACUGCGAGUGGCAGAUAAGUACCACCUUAAAGACUACUGUAUUUGACUUUUACUUGUAUUCUUUUCUUUACGUCUGCACAGUUAUGCGCGAUGGUUGCAAACUGCAAGUUGUUUUGAAGUUGCUUAAUGAGACAGGUAUAUAUUAUGCGGGAUGGUUGUUUAAGGGACACGUUGUUGAAAAUUUGAUAAAAGUUCUCCCGAGAAACACCAUUUUCAUUUCCUCAAGUCCAAGAAUCCGUUACCAAAGGACAUCAACAGCAACAGGAGAGAGCUCUAUGUACCAACUUUUCUCGUAAUCUUCUGAUUAAAAAGGGAAACUGGGAAUGUGAUAGACGUGCCGUUGUCAGCAUUUCUUCUGCACGUCUAUGUUAUUUUUUGAUCGGGUUAAUAAUAUACGUUCGGAUGGCAGAUGCAGUUAUUUUGUGAAACGAAAUCAUAAACAGGACAAAACAGACCCCACUCUGGUUUUGAAUCGUCCGUUUUGGUUUGAUGAUGGCAGCUGCCCUCAAGCAAGUAAAGACCAACCCUUCCACAGUGGCAUCUGACAAGACGGAGAUUAUCUCUGGAGCUUCGGGAGGCGACGGACCUUCCGUCAAGGUUGGAGGGAGUGACGGCGGAAGAGCUGGUGGCGAUGGGAGCGACAAGGGAUCAGUUAUAGGAAGCAGUCCUCACAGUGACUCCAGUAAACCAAGCAACGGCGAGAAGCCGGUAAGAAAGCUCUCGCAGUGGAGCCUCCUCAAGAAGAAGCUGAAUAUCCGCAAUGGUGUCGCGGUCAGUGGAAGUGUAGGUGGUGGCAGCGGUGGGAUCAAGGGAACACUGUCCCUGGGAAACCCACUCCUCAUCCGCACUGCCUCCAAGAAGUCCAUCCUAACAAGCACAAGCAACAACUACAACUCGGCAGACUCUGUACGUCUAGAGAACACCUACCAGUUGGGACCCGACAGACAACAUACCUUUCGUCCAUUGCGCGUCCAGCAUGAGGUCGAGCUACUCUUGGACCAGAUACUGGAGAAGGAGAGGUACGACCCCUCUAGGAGUGGCUUCUUGACAGUCAGUAUUGCAGAAGCUGUCAAGGAUAGGGUUAAGACUCUAGGGUUCGUGAGGCACAAGCUGGUCGUCCAGACCAUGCUCAGUUCGGCAGGAGGACAGAGUUUUGAGAUUGCCAGCCGAUGUCUCUGGAAUGCCGACACCGAUAAUUACACGACGGCAGUUUAUCAGAACCCCACACUCUUUGCGAUAGUGUCAGUGUAUGGAUUGUACUACGAGUGAUGUUAUACUGACAAUUUAUUUCAAGUCUUUAGGGUAAAGUGACGCUGGGUGCAUGAUGCUCUCGUUCGACUCUGUAAACCAAAACAACCACCUUUGAUUGAAUCAGAUUGUUGUUAAUAAUGAUGCCUUCUUUUUUAUGUCUUGUUAU